AUGCUGUCUUACAAUGGACAGUUCACUCCCAGCUUGUUCACAACCCUGGACGAGGAGUAUCAUUCCAAGUACAAGAGGCCAAUAGCACAUGCUUAUAGCAUGUCUACCAUGGUCGAUUUCGAGCCCCUGAUUGACUCUACGAGCGCACUCUUCAUGUCGAGAUUAGACGAGUUUGUCGAGUCCAAAGAAACGUUCGAUCUUGGACAAUGGUUGCAGAUGUACGCGUUUGAUGUCAUCGGCGAAGUUGUCUUCAGUAAAAGACUUGGCUUUCUAGAAACAAGGUCCGACGUAGACGGCAUCAUGGCAGAUAUACGGACCAAGGUGUUCUAUGGCGGGACUGUCGGUCAAAUUCCAACCCUCGACAAGUUUAUCACCAACAGUCCUCUGUUCCUAGCCCUUGCUCCGACUCACCCAGUCGUGAAGUUCACGGUUGAAAGAAUGGAGGAGAUAAUUGCCGCCAGAGAACAGGGCAUUAAUGAAAAGAGACGGGACUUCCUGACAAGAUGCUUCGAGGCUCAAUCAAAAUACGCAGAUCUAGUAACCGACCGUAUCAUUCGUAUGUGGAACAUUGACAACGUCCUCGCUGGGAGUGACACAACAGGGAUAUCUUUGAGAUCCAUCUUAUACUAUCUGAUGAAAUCUCCAGACUGUAUGGAGAAAGUUGUCGACGAACUUGACCAAGCGGAGAAAGCGGGACAGCUGAGCAACUUUGUCACCUGGAAGGAAUCAAGCAACCUACCAUAUUUACAGGCUUGCAUUAAGGAAGCCCUCCGAAUGCACCCUGCCGUCGGCCUGCUCCUGGAGCGGUACGUGCCUAAGGGGGGCGUAGAGCUUGCAGGACAUUACCUUCCUGAGGGCACAAUUGUGGGAGUAAAUCCUUGGGUUGCUGCACGGAACAAAGAUGUCUACGGCGCCGAUGCAGAUACAUUCAGACCUGAAAGAUGGCUGGAGGCCUCGCCGGAAAAGCUGGCAGAUAUGGAUCGUGCAAGCCUUACGUUCGGUCAUGGCGCACGCUCAUGCAUUGGAAAGAAUAUCUCAAUGCUUGAAAUUGCGAAGCUUGUUCCACAGCUCUUGCGUCACUACGAGUUUACCUUUCCAAUUCCGGAUCAUCAGUGGAAGGUACGUGGAGGCUGGUUUGUUGGACAAGAAGACUUCUUCGUUCGUAUCCAGAAGUCUCAAACUCAUUGA